UCCGUGUGGGUUUGCCGUACUACAUUCGGCGCAAGUUGUAUCGCCAGUCUGUAGAUGUACCUCACGAACUGGUGCAUCCAUUUGACUACAUUAACGGGAAUUAAUUUGUUAACCCAUUGACCGUGAUGUUUUAUUAACAGUUGAGCAUAUAAAAUAACACAUUUGUUUACAAACGGCUCACCGGAUGUGUUGCAUAACUCCCUCCUUCAGAUGAGUCGACGUGCGUCACACAAAGAGAGCGCGACUGUUCACUGGAAGAAGCCAUGUUGAAGCAGUGUGUUCAAUAACACUUGGUUAAAUCCACCGUCCGACGUGAACUCGCAGCGAAGACGAGGCUCGGACAAAGGGUGAAGUAAAGCGCAGAAAUGUCCGCGGACGAUUUCCAGACCAAGUAUGCCUCCGUCAUGGAGAGUAUGCUGAAGACCGCAGUGGCAGAGACCACCAAACUUUUCGAAACUAUGGUCAACGAACUGAAGGCAGAACUAUCCAGAAUGAAAAGGGAGAACGACGACCUGAAAACAAGAUGUAGCCAGUAUGAGAAUUGGAAAAACCAAACGCCUGUUUACACCAGAGUAAGCGAGCCCGCUCUACGUCCAAGCCACCGCUCAGAGAAGCGGGACUCCGCUGUUCAGUGUGACCUUGUUUCUUUCUGCACCCUGCUAGUGGAGCAGAGUCAACCAUUGGCAUUUUCAUCACAACAAAAUGUACAGCAACAAUGCAGUUAUGAGAUGGUUAAUUACAGUUUACACGACCACACCUAUGACGGGCAAAGGGAGGAAAAUUCUCAUCUGGCAUUCGCACCUUUCAAAGAGGAGAUACCAUCUGGGGAUUAUUCUUUGGAGUCUCCCAUAAAGGAGGAGGAUGUUGAGCCCACUGAUGCGGGUGGAACUGAAAAUGAAGGGCCUCGCAUAAACCAAGUGUUUUCAGCUGGAGAGAUGCCGGAAAAAGAUGAGAACAAAGUGAUCUUGGACCUAUCAUUGGAUAAUGAUCUUCAGGGAGCCCAGAACCAGUCAUCUGAACCAGAGCAUCCUCCAGUCAUUACAGCAAAUAAUGUAACAGAUGACAAGAUAUCAGAAGAACAGCCAUUGAUGACUGCUCAGAAGCAGUCAGUGGUUGAACUUGAAAAAGAGCAACAGAUAGCAGUCCCCAGACGGUGUGGACAAAUGUCAAUAAAUUAUCAAACUGUUCCUCAACAAGAAUGUGGAGUGCAUUGCAUAAGAGAACAGAUAAUGGGACCCACAACGCAAAAUAAACAGAUUACAUUUGAAGAAGUAAGAAAUGCCAUGUCAGAAGGUGAUGGUAUUUCUCAGCCGGUACGCCGUAAACGAGGAAGGCCGCCAAAGAAAGCAAAACGUGUACACCGGCCAGUAAAACAUAAACAGAACUUACUAUCUACCGAUUCAGUAAGAUUGGAACAGGUUGACGUUCCUUCUUUUGUGAAUACAGCAAAUACUACUAUACCUAGGAGUCCACGUAAAAAGACUUACCAGUAUUGCCUAACCAGUAUUGCUCCGUCAGUCCAGGAAAGACCUGACACUUUUUUUAAAGAUAUGGAGAACAUUGAGGUUGGAUCCCUGCCUUCUUCAGUAUCAUCUUUGAUAGGUGGAUUUUCCUUUGAAAAACUAUCUGGAUCUCAACAAAUCAUGGAAGAGGAAGCUUUUAAGCACAGAGAACGUUGCUCUUCCGUAACUCUUCAGGAUGCAAUGCUAAUGGUUGAAGCCAUGAAUCAAAGACUGGCCCCAUCACCAUAUACCCAGAAUGCUCCCCAAUUGGAGACCUCACAAACUGUGGACAACAUACCAGCUGAGCCAGAGACACUGCCACUUCCUACUGAAGUUCCUAUGGCUACAAGCAGUCUACCCAUAACAGAGCCAUCCACAAAACAAUCACCAGUACAGACACCAAGUCCUACUCCUCAGGUUACAAAUUCCACUCACACCACUAAAGCUCAGAUCCAUGUUAAGGCUGCCAUACCAGAACUGCCCAUGGUUACUCCCUCCGAUAUCACUGAAGCUCAGACCCAAAUUAAGGCUGCCAUACCAGAACUACCUAUUGUUAAUCCAUCCAAUUUCACUGAAGCUCAGACCCAAAUUAACGCUGACAUACCAGAACUGCCCAUGGUUACUCCAUCCAAUAUUACUGAAGCUCAGACCCAAAUUAACGAUUUCACACCAGAACUGCCCAUGGUUACUCCAUUCAAUAUUACUGAAGCUCAGACCCAAAUUAAGGAUGUCACACCAGAACUGCUCAUGGUUACUCCAUCCAAUGUCACUGAAGCUCAGACCCAAAUUAAGGCUGCCAUACCAAAAGUACCCAUGGUUACUCCAUCCAAUGUCACUGAAGCUCAGACCCAAAUUAAGGCUGCCGUACCAGAAAUGCCUAUGGUUACUCCAUCCAAUAUCACUGAAGCUCAGACACAAAUUAAGGCUGCCAAACAAAAAGUAACCAUGGCUUCCCCAUCCAGUAUCACUGAAGCUCAGUCUCAAAUUAAGGCUGCCGCACAAAAAGUACCUAUGGCUUCUCCAUCUAAUAUCACUGAAGCUCAGACCCAAAUUAAGGCUGCCAUACCAGAAAUGCCCAUGGUUACUCCAUCCAAUAUCACUGAAGCUCAGACACAAAUUAAUACUGCCAUACAAAAAGUACCCAUGGUUACGCCAUUUAAUAUCACUGAAGCUCAGACUCAAAUUAAGGCUGCCAUAUCAGAACUACCCAUGGUUACUCCAUCCAAUAUCACUGAAGCUCAAACUCAAAUUAAGGCUGACAUACAAGAAGUACCCAUGGUUUCUCCAUCCAAUAUCACUGAAGUUCAGACCCAAUUUAAGGCUACUACACAAGCUCAGACACAAAUUAAGGCCGCCACACAAAAAGUACCCAUAGUUUCUCCAUCCAAUAUCACUGCACCACAGACCGCAGCAUCAGUAGCUGCAAAAGGUUUGAUGUGUCCUGUGAUUAGACUUAUAACUCCAAGUAAACCCAGUGACACCUUACAUAAUAAAAUAAUCGUUGUGCCAAGAUUCUCGCUCAUGCCUCAGAAAAAACAGCAUUUAAGUUUUGCAUCAACUGUGGUUACUGCAAGUUUACAGUCAUCUUCUACAGCUGCAGGUUUGCGUGUUGGAACACCUUUACUUUCCUCUGUUUCUCAGAAAGUUAGAUAUGUUACCUCCCAGAAAAUGCUUUCUAUUAUACCACCACGUUUGACCACCACCUUAAAAGGCCAGCAGCCAGAUUUUCUACAUAGCCGGAAAUUGAUAGUUGUCCCAAAUGAUUUGUCAGUUGUGGCAUCUGAGAAACAUCAGUCAAAGUCCAUCUCACAUCAGUCAAAAACUAUUGCUCCUACAACAAAUCAGGAGUCAAUAGAACCAGCUGAUACUUUGACACUGUCAUCAACCAAGUGGAUUUCUUCAUCACAAAACUUAUCUGUUCAUGUGGAUGCACAAACUGCUAAAGAUUCUCCAAUUUCAUCUCAAAAGAACAAUGUAAGUUACACCUGUGGAUCACCCAAACAAACUGCCUCUGUUUCUGACACAAAUGCAGCCACAGAAACCUGUUGCAAUUCAGAAAUGUUACUUCCAUCUGGGUAUCCUGAGCCAUCCUGUCUGUCUCCAGUGGAAAACAAACUAUUUCCUGUGGUCAGAUUAACCAGACUACCAGUUUUAGUAUCAAGCAAAGACACCGUGUCUGUCUCAGACAUGCUUUCAAAUGGAUGUCCUAAAUCCAGGACCACUUCAAAAAACAGAGCCACACAAGACAAGUCUUCUGUGGUCACGGUAACAAAGCCAUCUGAGAUGCCAUUGGUAACACGUUUAAAAGAAACAACUGUUUUUGUGUCUGUUCAUACCCCCCAGACAUCUGAAGAGAAAAGUAAUACUCAAGCGGUAACGUUGGCAUCGUCUGAAACAUCCAUAAAUGUGGGAGAGUCAUGUGUCGGCAGGAAUGUGCAGACAUCUUUGUCAUCCAAGGUAUCUUCACCAGGCUUGGACAUAUCUACAGUGACCCCCAUCAGGACCAAGCCCUCAGAUGGUGAACCUACCUCUAAUUUAGAGGAGGAAUUGUUCAGCAAUGUAGCACAAGACUGCACACUAUCUAACACCCCACCCCAAGAAGAGAAAAGAUCAACUGGCCUCAUAUUGCUAACUUCCAUCCCGUCCAAGGAUGCAUCAGACCCUCAUUUACAAAUGACUAAAACCCAGUUCCUGGCACAGCUGGCAGUGACACCAGCUAUUAAAGCCCCCCAAAAGGCCUCCUCUGAGAGGGACUCUAGUGCAGAAACCAGCACUAGUGGCAAAAGAAGUUCCCUGAUCUCCCGACUUCGAAGUCACUUCAAAGUUUGUUUGCAAAAUAGAAAAAAUGAAACAAACUCGGAUCAACACAAAGAAGCAGAUUUGACUACCGUGAGUCCUAAGAUACCUAAAUUAGAGAACAUAGAGAUGACAACUAGUGAAAAGUCAGGUGUAGAGGAAGAUGUUGCACCACCAAAUAAGACUGCUGAAGACCCAAUCCCCAACAAUCCACAGAGAAGCAAACUAAGUGAAGAUGCUUUGAGACCCAACAGGAGUGAUCGUGAACUGAUUAGGAGGGCAAAGUCUACAAGUAAAGCCACUUCUAAGAGUCCAAGGACAACAUGUUCAGGUCAAGAUUGUGUAGGCCCUAAAAAAAUGAAACCCAGUUCUGCUAGUCCUCGAAGGUUAAGUUCAGCAAAUGAUCUUUUCCCUAAAAGGUCUAGUUCAACUAAAAAACCUGAAAUCUCCGCUAUGCCUGGAGCAUGUAAUUUGAGUGAAACUGGUGUAUGCUUUCAACUUUCAACAAGCAAUUUGAUUUCUGUGAGUCACACAAAGUCUACUUCCACCCAAGUUUGUAGACCAAUUAAAACAGAAUCUGAGUCUUUGAGUCCUAUAAGGAUACCCAUAGGUAGUGAAAAUCUAUCUCUCAGUAUUAAAAAUGAAAUGGAUGAUGGUGAUUGUCCAAAAAAGACUAACAAAGCCACUCCUGCCAAGAAACCCAGAAUGAUUCAAGAUGUUGCCAGUUCCAAACAAAAUUUAAGAGCUUUGAAUGCUAAGAAGAUGGCUACAGCUAAAAUGAUAGCUAAAUUAAAAAAUUCUAAUCAAUCCAAACUGCAGAAUGGAGCUAAGACAAGUGGUGAGGCUAUGAAAACAUGUCACUCCAAAGCUGUGUGGAUUCCUCCCAAUGUAACACAGACAAAAGAUGGAACAUUGGCACUGUUACCAAUAAAGAAAGAAAUAGAUUCCCUAGCUUACCUCCCGAGUGUUCCUCUCAACCCCAUACCUAUCAAAGCACCACCUGUCGUAUCACCAUUAGAGCCCUUGUCCGUUAUUGGUGGGCGUCUGUUAAAGAAUCAGUGUGGAGAGUGUGGGCGCAUUCUCAGCAGCAAUGCAGCCCUUGAGAGCCAUGUCAGUCUUCAUACAGGAUGCCGACCUUUUUCGUGCACUCUCUGUGGGAAAGGUUUCUCAGACUCGAAGAGUCUCAAAAGGCAUGGCCGAGUGCACCGCAAUGGAAAGAUCCAUAUCUGUCACGAGUGCGGGAAGGGCUUUGUCUACCGUUUCAGCCUCUCCAAACACCUCCAGAUGGUGCACAGGAAGAUUAAACCUUUUGUCUGCCAGAUCUGCCGCAAAUCAUUUUUCACAAGGCGAGAUGUUGAGUCCCACAUACGAACCCACACUGGAGAGAAACCAUUCGAGUGCAACCUCUGUGAUAGGAAAUUCACACGUAGAGUUGAACUAAAUGUACAUCUGAGGUGGCAUAAUGGGGAGAAGAGACACUGGUGCACGUUCUGUGGAAAAGGAUUUUUAGAUCUCAACAACCUAAAAAGGCACAAAUACAUCCACACUGGGGAGAAACCACAUUCCUGUCCACACUGUCCUAAAAAAUUCACACAGUCGGCGCAUCUGAAAAAGCAUGUAAAAAAUGUACAUAAAGUCCUUUGAGGAGGACAUAAAGAGUAAUUUAUAUAAAGAUGAGAAUAUCUGUUGUGGAUAGGGUGUUACAUUGAUUUUUGUAGUUCAUAUGAAAAUAUUAUAUUUUUAUAAUUGCUGACUUGAAUUUUUUUAGGAAAAUGUCUUGUUUCCUGUUCAAAGUUUCUUGCUGAGACUUUGGUAAAAUCACUGUUAUUGUAAUGUUUGUGCAUAGGAAGUCCGGACCAAGAGGUGAUUACCUUAGCAUAAAGAUGCAAAAGCUGCACAUUAAUGUGGCUGACCUUUUAAGGGACUUUUUAUUGUAAUUCAUUGAUAUGAGGAAUGGAUACAUGGGAGAAGCUCACCAUGCCCCAUCACUUGGCAAGAAAGCUAUUUAUGUCAUAAUAUUCUUUGAAAACGGUUUCCUUGGAGCAUUUAUAAUGAUGACAGCUUUGACAAUGCAGCCAUUUUUUAAUUGCUUAUUCAUUCAAAUUAUUUUUUGAAGUAGAAAGUAUAAAACUGUUUUUUUUCGGUUUCUAUAUCGAACAUUUCCAUUUUUCGGAGAGUUACUAAAUGUUUGCAAGACCCCUUAAAACAUAGGAUACAGUAUGACUGGACUGUGUAUAGGCUUGUGUAAAGUUAAAGCAUCUGUGUCUCAUUAAAAAACACGAUAAUUAUUAACUGUUUAUUUGAUUUUCAAAAUAAAGUGAAAAAUUAAAGAGGAA